AAGACACUCAGACAUAGAGAGGUCCCAUAAACAAGAUGCGUUGCCAAUCAUGUAAAUAAUAAAUAAAACCGCGAAUCAUGAAAUAAGUUGCAACAUGGCUACCGAAGAAGACAUAGACAUGAGUGACAAUCUCAGCCAAAUUGAUUUAAACAACAAUAGAGAAAUAGCAGCUUUAAGGGCCGAAAUCAAAAAACUUAAAGAACUAGAUAAACUAAAUUGGCUUAGAGUCUCCGGGUCCAUCGUCGCAGUCGCCGGAACCAGCACCACCGCAACUAUCAGGGCCGUCAGAGCCGCAGCCAUCGAUGCCGCAGCCAAAAACACGACAUUGGCAGAAAAGUCGGCAUGCACACGGCGGAAGAGGAAGACGUAACGGUUGUGGCGGACGAGGAGGACGUGGUGGGCACAGAAAACGCGGAAGAUAAACAAAAUAUACAUUUAUAUAUACAAUUAUUAAUACGUUGGCUUCGAAACCAAUUUCGGUUUUUCAUUCGGCAGAGAGUUGAGCGCAAGUUGAGUCAUAUGGAGCAUAAAACAAAAGAUGACACACUCGAUGCAACUAUUCUGUUCCAAUCUUUUUCUAAAAUUCGGCCAAUACAUUAACAUAAGAAGUAAAAACGUAAAAAUAAAUAAACGUAACGUAAAUUUACGUCGUAACGUUUUGCAAUUAAAAAAAAUUUAUAUAAUUUACCAAAUUUAUAUAAUUUAGACUGCUUUA